AUAACUCUUUUCAUCUAAGAGAUACAAACGCACGUUCGUGACUAGCGAAAAAAGAAAAAGAGUCUCUGGUCGAGGUCUUGGGUUUGGAAGUUGAAAGAAUAUGAUGAACACUAUGUCAUAUACACCAGAUUGGCUUCGUGCCGAACAUGAAACUGGGACUACUAUUAUGGCUGUGGAAUACAAUGGAGGUGUCGUUAUUGGUGCAGAUUCAAGAACAACGACAGGUGCCUACAUAGCUAAUAGAGUGACAGACAAACUCACAAAAGUUACAGAUAUGAUCUAUUGCUGUCGGUCAGGAUCAGCUGCUGAUACACAGGCUGUAGCAGAUAUUGUGAAUUACCAUCUUAAUUUCCAAAAAAUGGAUUCCGGAGAGCAGCCCAAAGUGAAAAUUGCAGCCAACAUAUUUAGAGAAUUGUGCUACAACAACCGAGACAAUUUGUCAGCAGGGAUCAUUGUUGCUGGAUGGGACAAGAGUGAGGGAGGACAGGUAUUUGGUAUUCCAUUGGGGGGCAUGUUGACACGCAUGCCCUUUUCCACAGGAGGUUCUGGGAGUACCUACAUAUAUGGAUAUGUUGACUCGAAUUUCAAGCCAGGCAUGACUAAAGAAGAAUGUCUGAAGUUUGUUUCCAAUGGACUUUCAUUGGCUAUGAGUAGAGACGGCAGCAGUGGUGGGGUAGUCAGACUAGCCAGUAUAAAUAAAGAUGGUGUAGAAAGAUUUGUGCUAACCGGAGAUCAAAUUCCCAAGUUUUAUGAGGAAUAUUGAUGAAUAAUGACUACAUCAUUGUUUUCUGAGAAAGAAGAUAUUGCUCUCAUCUUUUUGUCACACCAUUUCAUUGUGUUUCUAAUAAACAAAAUGUAAAAUGUAAA